CUCCUGGCCCCUCCCCAAACAAUUCGCGUCAGUUCGCCGUUCAAUCGCGAGUUUCUGUGGACUACCAUCGUUUAAAUACCUUGACCGGAGCAUAACUGGUUAACUUCACACAAGAGACCUACUGUUGGACAAUCGUUUUGGCUUUAAAGAUGCUGUUUGCCAUUGUUCAGUUUAUUGAUGAGGAGGAUCAGCCAUUUGCAGUGGUUCCGCAAGUGUGGCUCAGCGAGGGCAUGUGCUAUUGGCCCCCAUUUAACCUCCGCAAAAAAGACAAAGGCAACAAUUUAGCCAUCCGCUGCACGCCUCCACACAGCACCUGGGAGAAACAUCAUUUUAAGUUUAUGAAGGGAGCAGAAUGUUGGCAAGAGGCGAUGAGAUAUUUGGUGCGCUUCCAAACAGGUUCUAGCGUUGAAACGACGGACGAUGACAAGAAGAGAAAGAGAAAGAGAAUCUCAAAUUCCAAGUACAGACCCCAGGCCUCUUCUGAUGAAGAGGAGUCUAGUCUUCCAGAUGCACCAGCAGUGCUGUCGUUUGGACAACCUCUUUUGAGCUUUGAAAACAUUGUUCCUGGUAACAAGGUUUCAGUGCUGCCCGAUGCUCCAGAAGUUGCAUCGAUUCCAGAAAACCAGGAAAAUGUUGUGCCAUCUGUAGACUUCAGAGGUGAACCAGGUUUCUCCCCAGAAAUUCAGACUCCACUUCACAGAGCCAAGAGUUUGAGUACAAGAGAAAGUCAUCGCUCUGUAAUUGGCCCUUGGACUCCCCUGGCAUCUCGUGUACAGCAUUAAGUUUUCAGCUAUGAAGAUUUCCAGAGACUCCAGAAUGAAAAACAAGCCGUGAUGGAGGAGAACCAAGCCCUUAGGGAGGAGAACCAAGCCCUUAGGGAGGAGAACCAGGCCCUUAGGGAGGAGAACCAAGCUCUGAGGGAGGAGAACCAAGCUCUGAGGGAAAGCACUGCACAAGCAGCUUCGGAUGACAGCGGCUCACUUCAAGAGCAGGUGAAGCAAGUUGGGACAAUGUUGAAGACGUUUGCUCGCACUGGGCAAUCAGGUGCAGAUCAGACCUUAAUGCUGCGACGUCUUGGAGAGUUUGGCGAUGUUGUGCGUAGCAUGGACAACAAAAUGGACACUAUGCUGCAACAUUUCAGUGCCAAUGUGUCUGUUGGAGAGUUAUCCCUGCCAGGGGAUCUGUUACUCCCCCUAGACACCCAGGAAGAUUUGGCGUUGCUUGACAACAGUUUGAGGCAGGAUAAAGAGCUCCAGGAACGAUUUCUUCGGUUUUUGGCAAUCAAAUGUGGGAGGGACCUAAAGACAACCGUCUGGCGGAUGCUUCAAAGUAUCUUCUCUAAUCACCUUUCCAUCAAUACAACCUGGACUGGAGUUGGGGAUAAAGCAUGUUUUAGAGACAUGUUCCUGAAGACCAUUGUUCAAAGAGCCAUCCGGAAGAACCCGGCAACACAGGAUGCCACUGAUGAAGCCAUCCAGGUUAACGUUACGCGUUACCUGAAAGGAGCAUCUGACCGUGAAGGCGGAAAAAGGCGCCGCACAGCUGAGAGGGACCCACAGCCGACCCCUUAAACCUAGGCUGACUACUGACAUCCCAGCAUCACUGACAACUGGAACCCUUUCUUUAUCCUGCAGUCAGUAACAUCAAGACCCCUAAAGAAGCCAGAAGUGUCAGACUGCACUCCCCAAUCCACACUGUUCACUGUGGAUAUUAUCAUAGUGCUUAACUUAUUAUAUUGUUAAAUAUAGCUUGUAAAUCCUUGUGCCACAGGUCAGCAUUGCAGUUAUAUCUGUUCUACUACUUUUUUUACCUCAGUAUUUUUUAUAUAUAUUUGAAGAUGUUUAUCACAGAUACAAGAGACAUCUUGUACCCCAGGUCAGCAAUGCCAUUAUAAUGGUCUAUUCUACUCCAGAGCUUUAUUCUAAAUUAUUACCACUUAUCUUAUUGUUAGAAAUGGCUUGUAAAUGUGAUGUUAUACC